UUCACGGCUUCAGUCGUUGCCUGUCAACAAAGCGCUGCGCACGUGUGCAAAGGCGGCGCUCGGCAAAACGUUUUCCCUCAAAUUACCAAAGGCAAACGCGCAAAGUCGGAAAAGUUGGUUUGUGUAUUUGGUUACGACUAACAAUCAGUGGAAAAUCAUGUUUUAUGUGUUCGUGCAAUCAUAAUAAAUGAAUAAAUAGAACAGCAAAUAUAACCAAAUGACGUGGAAAUUGUGGUAAAUUAAAAGCUAACCAUUUGUUGGAGCGUGAAAUUCAAAUAAACAGUCGAGUGACGAUAGAACAAUAAGCCAUACGCAAACGACAAAAGGCCAAAAAGUUUUUCAAAUUAACUAAUAAAAUGAGCUUAAAUAACAUUUAAACAAAGUUACUUUUUGAUGUUUUUGAAAACAAGUUUGUUAUACUGAUAAGCGACUUAAAUAAACACAACAAGUACGGCCACAAAAGGAAAAUUUAAAAGAAAAAUUACAAUAGACACGGAAGAGAGAGAGUUUGAAAACUGAAAUUAUGUGACGGCAGCUGUGCGGUGUGCACCUCCACUUUAAGCCCACGCAUCAAGUAUGGAAAACAUAUCAAAAUAUUUGAAUUUUAGCAGCAGGCAUCACUUAAUGAGCGUUGCCCGGGAUUGAAAAUUAGCCAAGCGUACAUAACGAUAUCAACAGCAACACGAACAGGAGCAGCAGCAGCAGCAGCAGGAUUACCAGCGGUAACAGUGGGAGCAACAACAAGCCGCACAACAAACAUGAAAGGCUACUCGAAACCAAAUGGUGCCGCUAACCGCAGCUGCCACAUGGACCAUGUCCAUGGUGGAUGUGGCGUCCUGUUAUUUUUGCUGACAGCACUGACACUAACGAGCUUAAUAACGCCCACAGAGCAGUUGACAACGACGUCGACGUCGGUGUCGACAUUGGCAAAUGGAACAGCAACACCACAGCCUAUGCCCACUUCCACCAAACCCAGCGACGCCAACGCCGACGGCGACAUAGACGUUGACGUCAACAGCGCCGGCUAUAGUCCCGUAUUGGAACUCUCGGACUACUACAAGCACAUGAAUGCGAAUCUGGUAAAUGGUGGCAACGGCUUCAUAUUUCCGUCAGGCUUCAAUGGAACUUUGCCGAUUGGCUUUGGCGGCGACCAGCCCAAUGGCAGCGGCGCGUACAAUCCAAUGCAGGGUUGCCGCCGAGACGGCAACUUUGUUCUGGAGCUCAUCACGAUGAUACUCUAUGCGCUUGUCUGCAUUGUUGGUCUCUUUGGCAAUACGCUAGUCAUCUAUGUGGUGUUGCGCUUCUCCAAGAUGCAGACGGUCACCAAUAUCUAUAUACUCAAUCUGGCCAUAGCGGACGAGUGCUUUCUGAUUGGCAUUCCAUUUUUACUCUACACAAUGCAGGUGGGUAACUGGCCAUUUGGCAACUACAUGUGCAAGGCCUAUUUGGUGAGCACCUCGGUGACGCAGUUCACCUCCUCCAUAUUUUUGCUCAUCAUGUCGGCGGAUCGUUAUAUAGCCGUAUGUCAUCCGAUAUCAUCGCCCCGCUACCGGACCCCGUUUGUCUCUAAAGUCGUCUCCGCCGUGGCCUGGACAACAUCGGUGUUGUUAAUGCUGCCUGUCAUUCUGUUUGCCAGCACAUUCGAGUCUGGUCCAGGUCACGUCUCCUGCAGCAUUAAUUGGCCCGAAGCCUUCAAUAUACAAUCGGAAUCUGCGUUUAUUCUGUACUCUUUGGUACUGGGCUUUGUGACGCCGCUGAUCUUCAUCAUGAUCUUCUACUGCCUGGUUAUACGCAAGCUGCAUACGGUGGGCCCCAAGCACAAGAGCAAGGAGAAGAAACGCUCACACCGCAAGGUUACCAAACUGGUGCUGACCGUGAUUACUGUAUACAUAAUGUGCUGGUUGCCCCAUUGGAUAUCACAGGUGGCACUGAUUAACUCAAGGCCCGGCUGUGCCUCCAGGCUGGAGCUGGCAGUUUUUCUGGCCUGCGGCUGCCUCAGCUACUCAAACUCGGCGAUGAAUCCCAUACUCUAUGCCUUCCUUAGCGACAACUUCAAGAAGAGCUUUAUGAAAGCCUGCACUUGUGCGGCACGAAAGGAUGUGAAUGCCCAGCUGCAGCUGGAAAACAGUUUCUUUCCCAAGUUUGGCAAGGGGCGACAAUCGGAGCGCUUGAUUGGCCCCAACGCCACUGCAAAUAACAGCAAGGCCAAGAAGAGGACUCUGGCUAAUGCCCGGAACAAUAAUGCACAAAUGACCACAACUACAACGACAACCACGGCUGGCACAGACGUCGUUACCUCCAUACAGCCCGUGGCAAUAACUCAUACGGCACCCCAAAUUACCCCAACUACUGGCGCCGCCCUGCUCGUUGUCAACGCCGAGACCAACUGUAAGCCACCGGUGCUCCAUACGGAUUUAUAAGAGCGGGCUCCCGGCAUGCCGCUCGAGACGGUUGUAUUUAUAGCGCACAGAUGAGUGCGCGUAGAAGUGUGUCCAGGGGAGUUGCAGUUGAAUGCAGAGCUGAUUAGUAGACCAGAAUGUUUACUAUAAGGAGAACAUUGAUAUUUUUUACAAUAUGUAGAUUCUGUUGUAUAUUAUCCUCCACAUUCACACACUCCGGCAGGUUGAGUACAGAAAGUUAAAUCUUUUACGAAAGAUUGACGGAAUAGAUUUUAUCUUUAAGUAAUAUGGAGCGCAGUGUGGUUGAAGCAUUAAGCCAAAGAUAUAUUCAGAGAAAGACCCUGAUGAUAGUUUGAAAGUUGUAAACAACUCAUAAAAGUCUAAAGAAUGUAACCAAAAAUAAUUUAAAAAUAUAAAAUCGAAAUACAAUUUAAGGGGAAUUAUUCAAUAAACAAUUCCACUGGAAAUAAAACGAAAAAACAAGUAUUUGAACAAAUCUUCACAUUACCGAAUGAAAUUCCCAAUGUGAUGAUGAAAUAAGAAAGGAAGACGAUUAAGAAGAUAUUGCAUACAAAAUAAAUAAAAAUGUGCGUUUAAAAUUAAAUUGAUUAAAAAGUUUAUAGUAUGUAGACAUUCAAUUAUCAAACAUAAUGAAUACUAAUUAAAAUUCAAUAUCAAUAAUAUAAACAUUUUUCAAACUGAAAUUGAUGUUAAAAUAAAUGUUUCAAUUCGCUGUAUACCCCUUAAUAAUUAUAUUAAAACAGUUAAAAUAUCCCUCUGGA